UUGACACGAAAGUGAAAGGGCAGCUGUACAACAUGGCUAUGCCGUGCAACAUCUUGGAUGUCCUGCGGGAAGGUGCAGAGCGGUCCGCGAGGCGUCAUUCGCCAAGCAAGAUGGGGAGGGCAUUGCAGUCCCUGGUGUGGAGAGACUCAUUCAUCAACCACGCGGAAUUCUCCAUUCCUGUAGGAUCCAACCAAACCCUCCGUGUGCGCCAGGUUCCGAACGGCGAGAUCAGCGGUCUUGGCACAGGCUUGACGGUGUGGCCAGCGGCAUGCGUGCUCCUCAAGUACCUCGAGCACCGUUAUGCACCGUCGAAUGGCCUACAAGGCAAGCGCGUCGUCGAACUUGGUUGUGGCACCGGUGCUGUGGGCAUCGCUGCCGCCAUGCUGGGAGCUCAAGUCGUCCUGACUGACCAAGCACAGAUCCUGUUCCACAUCCAAGCGAACAUCCAUGCAAACGACGUGGCUGGCGUCAAGUACUGUGCAUACGAUUGGGGUGCACCACUGCCAGAUCUCAUUGCGACUGGCGGCCCAGUGGACAUGGUGCUCAUUUCGGACUGCGUAUUGCCCAAACUGUACCCCAUCGAGCCUCUAGUUGAUGCAAUAUGCCUCCUCUGCGCGUCCGAGCCCAGAACAGUCGUUCUCGUGUCGUUCGAGCAUCGAUUCUACGAGCGAUUUGAUGCAAAGGAAAUGUUUUGGUCCGUCGUGGCACAACGACGCCUCUGUAUUCGAGAGAUUCCCGUCGAAACUCACCACCCCGACUACAACGCCGACGACAUUGAGAUAUGGGAAGUCUCGACAUCGAAGCCUCACUCGCAUCAUGGAUUGUAGCCUUUCAAGUCCGACCACACCCAGUCGAUUUGGUCGAUCGCUGUGACCAUGUGAGGCAAUUACACUAACGGACCACUUCUAUAUGCAAAAGACUGUGUCACGGCUGUCUCGGAUUUGUAUCCACGUUGACACGGAAUCUGGAUGAUACAUGGAGCGUCUCGAACGC